UGCCGAGCUACAAACAUGAAGCAAAUGUUAGGCUUUGUUCUCCUUUUCACAUAUCUCUCCAUUGCAAAAAGCACGGUUGAAGAAGAGGCAUGCUUAUCACAACCCCAAAUCAUAUACAUGAAAAUGGAGAGAUCUGUUGUCAUACCCUGUACAAUCACUUCUGAUUGUUUUAAUUUGGAGUAUAAGUGGUUUGUAUUUAAAGAAAACUGGCAUUUCGAAUUAAAGACUGACCAGCCGAAGUACAGUCUGAAUGGUGCGUCAUUAAAUAUCAAGUUCCUAAACAUGUCAGAUAGUGGAGUCUACUACUGUGCUGGAAUAUCUUCACAUGAUCCAGCCACACAAUACAUUGCGGAAGGCACAACCCUUGUUGUACAAGAGCCAGUUAAGAUAAUGGUGCGACAUAUACUUUUGUGGCUAUCUUGUAUAUUGUUGGCCAUUUACAGUGUGGCUAUAGUUUCACUUAUCAUCAUGAAAAAGCAUUGCUGCCAACAGAUCCGCAGAAAGAACACUUCAACUCAGAGGACACUGACUAAACGAGUUCAGUUUCAUGAUGUGCUGCAAGAGCUAUACAGAAGAAGAGGUUUGAAAACUACACAGAUUGCAACAACAAAGACGUUGCAUAAUGAGGUAAACACUGACUUGCAUCAAUUUGUGGUGAAAUGUUCCUCGCAAAAUUUGAAAACAUAAAUGUCAAAAAGCAUAUAGGAAACUUUUCUCCUAAA